AUGGCAUCUAGACUUAAAUUUUACAGAAAUGGUUCAACUAGCUACUGGACAACAAUGACAACAACCUCAACUUCUUCCGAAGAAGAUGAGGUAUCACCAAUCAAACACACUUACGAAAAGUUUCUUGUGAGACGACACUCACGUUCUGAUGAGUCCAUCAAAGAAGAACACAUGGCUUACAAGAGAAAAGGGCA